UCGCGCGGACACAUUUCCGGUUUUUAAUAAACAAACUUUGACAUUGUCAAGUCCAGCUCCAACAUGUCGUUCAUGUCGCUAACCUCGAUCAGGCAGUUGUUUAAAGCCAUGGCGGACACUCGUGGCUUCGACCGUGUGCUCAACAAGGUGAACUUUUUGGCCGCCGAUCCGGGGAAGGUGGUGUGUGAGAUGCGGGUGGAGGAGGAGCACACAAACCGAGGAGGGACGAUGCACGGGGGCUUGACCGCCACCCUGGUGGACGUCAUCUCCACUUUGGCCAUCAUGAACAGUGAGAGAGGAGCCCCCGGUGUCAGCGUCGACCUCAACGUGACAUACAUGAGCGCUGCCAAGCUUGGAGAUGACGUUCUCAUCACUGCUCACGUGCUGAAAGAGGGACGGACGCUGGCGUUUGCCAAUGUUGACCUCACCAACAAGGCCACCGGGAAGAUGAUUGCGGCAGGACGACACACCAAACACCUUGGCGGCAGCUAAGUUGGACAGUCCCAAGUUACUGACCUCAUCUGGACAACCAUAAUAGCUCAUAUGUAAACAGUGUGAAAAGCUACAGUUAUUGACACUUGAAUAAACUGCCUUUUGACAUCUUUGUAACCGUCACUUCGUUCAUAUUUGGUGCAUGUGUAAUAAAGAAUGUUGCUGUUCUUGACUUUGGAAUCAAAAGCGGGUAGAAAAAGCCAAACACCUUCUGAAAUGAACACAGUGAACAAAAGUUUAAUGCAUCAGCCUGAAAAGCGAGUCAACCGAAUUUCAAUUUAACAACAAAUGAUCUUGACGUUCUUAGU